UCACUAACCUCCGUUACACAGACAGUUACAGAAAAGCCGAAGAGAGCAGGAGCCACGGAGAGCUCCUUUUGGGUCUCUUUUACAAGCGGACAGUUUAAAAGUUCUACCGUGUCAUAACGAAUCGGUGUGUGGUUUCAAAUUCCCAAUCAAACAAAAUGAAACUCAUCGUUAUUUUGGCAACAGCACUGUGCGUGACUUUGGUGGGUUCGAGUCCACUUUCUGAUAAAGGUCGUCUCCAAUCCGAGGCACUGAAUCGGCUGAUGAUGGCCGAAGCCGACAACGAGGCCGCUCUAAGGAACAAACGGACGAUCGGUAUCCUGCGAGAACUGUUUCCCGAUGCCUCUCAGAAUAUAAACCCGGAAGCGGAGUACAAGGUAAACGAGGUAGCAGCCGAGUCGCAAAACAACGAGGUCAAAGUACAAUUCGCGGAUGAACAGGGCAGCAACGAUGCAGCACCACCAUUAACGCCUCUCGAAGAAGUAGAGACUGAAGAUGACGAGAACAGAAACAAAAGGUUCCUCUCUGGUCUGGGCGGCUCCAGUAGCAGCUCUGGCAACUUCGUCUUUGAUAUAAUCAGGCAAGCGGCCGACGGGGCGGCAAGAGCGGCGGGCACGGUGUACCGCGUGGUGGCAGGUACGCAGAGCCUAGGGCUCGGUUUAAGCGCCUCUCGGGACUUGGGCCCGAUUCCCCAAGGUGCCGCCCCUGCUGCCGCUCCAGCUGGUUCCUCGACCACGGCGGGAUCCUCGACCAGCGCACCGGCCGCGUCAGGAGCCGGCAACCUACCACCGCUGGUAGCCGGAAGCGGAGGGGACGGUUCGGCUGGAAAGGCCGGAGAGGAGCCUCAAGAAGCAAUUCCAGGACCAGUUACCAGGUUCUUCGUCAUAGUGAACAGAGGAAUUUCGAAUCUCGUACAGGAUCUCAUUCUUCGCCUGGCAGCGACGAGCGAACGCAUCGUCAACUUCAAGGCGAGACUGAUCACUUCCGUCAUCUAAAGUUGGACGAAACGCGACAGCGAAAGGGUGUCCAAGUAUAAGAGAAAAAUUCCGAUGGUCCUGAAACGCUCGGGAGCCACGUGAGAGCCAUUCUCGAGCCGUGAUUGUCAAGCUGGAACACGGGUACGACGUUGGCAACGUAACCAGCGUUGCCCCCUUGUCCCCGAGAUCCGAAGUCUCUCGUUGAUACUACUGAAUUGUUCUCGUCAAAUUAAAUAGCGUAAUCGCGCGACUUCGAGUUCAUACAUCGAACUGUCUCUGUCCUCCGUCUAUCUUGCUUCGCUUCUAUCGUCUCCUACUUUUCGUUUUCUGUCUCACAUCCUCCAACGCUCUCUUUUUCUCUUUGAUACUUUCUCUGUUUAUAUUAUACGCGGUAUAUUAUUCUUCUUACUAGCGAUUAGGAAGUUCACGUUACCGAGAUUCGCUGCGCUCGAACUUUCGUCGAUAUGAUGUAUAAUUUAUACGAAUGGAAUUCAACAUUUUUUUGAGUCGAUCAUUUUUCUAUGUAGCUCUAUUUAAAUUCUAAAAUAUUUUAUUACUCAUAAAUAUAUUUUCUUGUGUAAUUUUAUAAGAAAAAAAUAACGUAAGUCCGAGUAGAAUCUCAUGUGAGCUGUGUAUAUAGCUAUUUCCGAAAUACAACUGUGCCAAGCAUUGUUUCUUUCUGAUCUGAUCGAUUUACACGUAAAGAAAGUUUCUCCCCGUUCAGCGGCCCGCGUUUCCUUGUCCGUUGCUUCUCCGAGGCCUGCCAACCCGCUGCGGCGAUUCCGGUGACCAUCCGGUAAACUAAAGGAAUUCCAUGACCCCUGUACAAAACUGAGCAUAGUUUGAGAUUCACUCUACCAUUGCCGCAUACGAGAUAAAACGAUGCCACUCUCUUCUCUUAGAUUGGCCUAGAGUAGGCGGGAUAAGAAAAUGGUCAUUGUCGAAUAAUACUCGUAAAAAUGUAUUUCGAUCUUCGAAUUGGACGAGUUAUCCCUUUUACUGUAAAUCGUCCCUGUUGUUUUGUAGUGUAAAUAAAUAAAUAUUAUUAUCAUAAA